AUGGAUAUGGAUAUGGAUUAUAUGUCAGAGGUCGAUUUAAACGAGAGAGCUGACGUGACUCUAGACAUAGAAGAUUUGCCGAGCCUGCAAAACAUGGAUACUCUUGAACUGUACGAGCCAAUUCGUAGAAUUGCUGACGAAGGGAGACCGCCUAGAGGUGACAUCUUUAUCUUGGUGCCAAUACGUCAGUUCAUCUGGAUGGUGAGAGUUAUCAGCGAUUAUCUUACACAUAUUGCACAUAUCUAUCGCAACCGAGCUUUAGAAUACGACAUUGAGGAUAACAUGACACCUCCACCAUAUCGCCCAAGAAGAAAUAACCUACCUUCCUGGUUUGGAAAUGAAGAGAUUGAUAUAUACGAUGACGAUCUGACUUGCUGUGUCAGUACCAAGGAUGAAUGCUGUGACGUCUUUCUUCUGAUGGUUAUGGUGUUCCUUUUGGCCUACAUAUCCUUCGUGAUCGUCUACUUCAGCCUCCAUUCUCCAUGGAAAUGUGGCUCCCAGUAA